AUGUUAUAUGAAUUAUUAACGAUAAGCCGUAUUACCCAUCCUUCUGCGUUAAAUCAAGAAGCCAAAGAAAUAGCUAAGAUGGUUGGUAAAUUGGUAAUUGAAAAUAGGGGUGUUGUCCGUAAUGUAUUUCCCCUAGGCUAUAGAAACUUGCCAAAAAUUAUAAAGAAGGAUCAAGAAAAACACUUUAGAGGGUUUAAUACUUUGAUGCUAUUUGACGCAUCACCAGCUGUACAAUCACAAAUACAUCGUAUCAUAAAGAAAGAUCCCCGCAUUAUUAGGUCUAGUAUUAUAUCAGUGAGUACAAAAAAGAGUCUUGAUGUGGCUACAUCGUAUGAAAAAGCUUAUGGGAAGAAAACCAUAUUAGAAAGGAAUUCUGAAUACUUAUAA